AUGGAGGUUAAGGAUGUGAAGUCAGCGUUUUUUUGGUUUGAUAAUUGGUUGCAGCUUGGAAAACUUAUUGACAUCACUGGCGCUGUCGGUACUCAGUAUCUAGGCAUACCUUGUAAUGCUAGAGUCUGUGAGGUAGUUUCUCACGAGCAGUGGAAUGUUAGAGGUCAUAGAAGGCGACACUAUCACGCACUGCAUGAACGCAUUCAGAGAGAACCGAUACCAGAUGCUCAGCAAGGCAGUGACGUGGUAUUAUGGAAGCAUUCUGAUGAUGACUUCAAGCCCUGGUUCUCUUCUCUUAAAACUUGGGAGCAGAUUCGAGAAAAGAAGGCUACGGUACCUUGGAGUCGCGCUGUCUGGUUCACUCAAGGAGUACCGCGGUACACAUUUAUUGUCUGGUUGGCAGUCAGAAAUAGAUUAUCCACAGGUGAUAGAAUGAGAGCUUGGGGCAUACAGCGGAGCUGUGUUCUGUGUGGGGAGAAAGAUGAAACGCGUGAUCAUGUCUUCUUCGCAUGUCGCUACUCCUACACAGCUUGUGACAAGCUGGCAAGCAGACUCAGUGGAAACAUAACAGACCCGGACUGGACGAGCUCUCUGCAACUAGUGAACACAAACAACCUGCAAAAAUACUUGAUCGGAUCUUGCUGA